GAACAUGAACAACUGGGCAAAAGUAUUACUUCUCUUCUUCAUUCAUGGCACCCUUAAUGCUGAAAGUGUCAGAGCCACAGGAAAAGAAAGAACAUCUGUUGACAGAAGAACAGCACAUGCGGCAUCUAUCAAAUUUUGCUUCUUCAAGGGGCAUUUGCCCAACAAGGAGACCUGCUGCUUCAUCCCUCGCCAGGCUUUGAUGUUGGAGAGCUGUAGCUUCAACACUUCCUACCCUUUAGUGAUGAUUAUUCAUGGAUGGACGGUUGAUGGAAUGUAUGAAAAUUGGAUCUGGGAGAUGGCAGCUGCACUGAAAGCCAGACUAAAGGACAUGAAUGUGAUUGUGGUUGAUUGGUUGACACUAGCACAUCAACAUUACCCAAUAGCGGUAAAGAACACACGGACAGUUGGUCAUGAGAUUGCAAAUUUAUUGGACUGGUUGGAGGAAUUCUUUGGGUUUCCGAAAGGAAAUGUUCAUCUGAUUGGAUACAGUCUUGGAGCUCACGUUUCAGGAUUUGCUGGAAAUUAUGUCACUGGGCCAAACAAAAUUGGAAGAAUAACAGGUCUCGACCCAGCUGGACCACUGUUUGAAGGCAUGUCAGCAACGGAUCGAUUAUCUCCUGAUGAUGCAAAUUUUGUUGACGCACUUCACACAUUUACAAAAGAACAUAUGGGAUUGAGUGUGGGAAUCAAACAGCCUGUAGCCCAUUACGAUUUCUAUCCAAAUGGUGGCACCUUUCAACCAGGCUGCCACCUCAAACACGUUUACAACCAUAUUGCUCGACAUGGAAUUCAAGGUAUUACACAAACUGUGAAGUGUGCACAUGAGCGAUCCGUGCACUUAUUCAUCGAUUCUUUGCUAAACGAAGACAAGCAAAUUGUUGCAUAUCAAUGCAAUGACCUGAGCACAUUUAACAAAGGAGUCUGUUUAAACUGCAGGAAGAAUCGAUGCAACACAUUAGGCUAUAAUAUGAAAAGGGUCCAUACGCAAAGAAGCAAGAAGAUGUAUUUGAAAACCCGUGCUAAUAUGCCAUACAAAGUUUAUCAUUACCAAUUCAAGUUUCGCUUCAUCAAACACACAGAGCACAAUAAACAAGGAAUAUUUCUCAAAGUUUCCUUGGUUGGAACAGAAGGUGAAUCAGGUUCAUUCCUAAUUGCCUUCUUUGAAAGCAUCACUACCAACAAAACUUAUUCUUUUCUGAUUCACACUGAUGUUAACAUUGGAGAUUUGAUAAUGUUGAAAUUCAAGUGGGAAACCUCUGUGCCUUGGAUGAAUCUUUGGAAAACUGUUCAAACAUAUUUUCCAUGGAAGCAGAAUGAUCUGAAUUCAGAGCUUGUAAUGAGAAAAGUACAUGUCAAAGCUGGAGAAACACAGCACAAAGUGACCUUCUGUUCUUCAAACAACACCAGUAUGCGACUUCAACCAGCCCAAGAGAAAAAAUUUGUAAGGUGUAUAGCUAACAGAAGCAACAGACAUCACAGAAGACUGAAGCACAAAGUAUCAAUUUAAGGCAAGCUGAAACCAAGAUUUCAUCAAUUCACAAAAUACAUUUAAAAAUCAAAAUUACAUUCUGACAGGCAACCUUUAUGACUGAAGAAAAAUGUAAACAUUAACCACAACUUCAAUUAAAAAA